GUUUGUAAACUGCGACUUGUCAACUUGUCAACGCUACAUAACCACACAACAAAAUUGUUGACUUAAUCCAUUGAUGAUGUGUAUUUAUUUCUACGAUCUUUAUAACAAAAUAAUAAUAAAUAAUUAUUGAUUAGUAUUAAAUAAUAGUAACUCUGAAUAAUGGACGUACAAAAUAAAGUUCAUUGGGCCCUUAAUGCUUCAAUUGAAGAAAUUGAUAAGGAAUUAGAUGAGUUAAAACUUGCAGAGUCUGAGGCCAUCAAGAAUUUGUCUAAUCAAUUAUCUCAAAAAACGUAUGUUGAUGACAAAAUUCGAAGUCUGAACAAAAUUGUUCCAAUGUUAAAAGUUGUACAACAAGAAGCUGGCAAUUUGGUUGAAACAAUUAAGAAUAUUUCUGAGGCAUCCAAUAAAAUCAGUGGAGAAAUUAAAUCGUUAGAUGCAGCAAGGUCAAGAAUUGAAGAAAGCCAUCGAAGAGUUUCUGACCUGAUUGACUUGGAAUAUUGUGCUCAAGGUGUUCAAACUGCAAUCAACAAUGAAGAGUAUGAAAUUGGUGCUGGACACAUACACAGAUUUCUUACAAUUGACCAAAAUCUACUAAAAAGAACAGCUGCAGAUGUCAAAAAAGCAUCAGGAAUUUUAAAAUCUGUGCAUACAUUACAAGAUGCAAGCACCCAACUCCGCGCAAUUGUUAAACAUAGAUUUGAUGAAGCAAUUAGAAACAAUGAUUUGCCAUCAAUCGAGCGAUUUUUCAAAAUAUAUCCUUUGAUUGGCAUGCAUGAGGAGGGCAUCAGAGAAUUUUGUGUGUAUUUGUCCACAAAAUUACAAGACACAGCACAAAAGAACAUCAGCACUGCAUUGAACACCAGCAUUGCAGAUGAAAGAUAUAAUGUGAUUUAUGCAGACACACUUACACUAUUAUUUGAAGGCUUGGCAAGGAUAAUUGACUCACAACACCCAUCAAUUGAAAGUUACUAUGGCCCUGGGCGAUUGUUAUCCGCGAUAACAAUCCUACAGAGUGAAUGCGAUAAGCAGUGUCAGAGAAUAAUGAUUGAGAUGAAUAGAAAUAGACAGGUGAAUAAAAAAUUGGCUUUGAUUAACGACGUGAACACUUCGGGAAGCUCAAGCAAAUUGGAAAGAAUUGAUCCAAAGGACUUGGAUGUUCUUAUUGGGGAGAUGACUAUUAUGCACGCCAGAACAGAAUUAUAUUUAAAAUAUAUUAGAAGGAAAGUUAAUACUGAUUUAGAAGUUGGUAUUCCGGACUUGGCCGAGCGUAAAACUAAAGUAGUCCAAUUGGAAAAUCUUAUCAAUCACAGCCAGCUAAGUCAAAGUAAACAUGAACUUCUCGGGUAUUAUCUCCGUUUAGAACAAUAUUUCAUGGAGGAAUCAAUAUCCAAAGCUGUGUCAAUGGAUACAAUUGAUAAUACUUCAGAACUAAAAACAUCUUCGCUUGUGGAUGACACAUUUUUCAUCAUUCGGAAAUGUAUCAGGCGCGCUUUAUCAACCGGAAGUUUAGAUGGUUGUUGUGCUAUCAUUAAUAAUGGGUGUCGCGUCUUGGAAAAUGACUACUGCACUGUUCUUAAAAAUCGUUUGAAACAAGGCUAUCCGUAUGGAUAUUUAGAUUUAACGCAGGCUUACAAUGUACUGCAGACUUCUAUUCAACAAGGCAGAUUGCAACCGAAUGAUGCUGAGCAAGCUCGCACCACGUUCAUUGUUGCAUUAAAUAAUGCGGAUUUAUCGGCGGAAUAUGUCGAGACCCUGUGCGACAGCAUUAUGGCUGAAAUUGAACUGGUACUACCAGGAAUGAAAGAAAAUGAACGCGGAAAACUUGAAAGUUGUUUAUCCGGCUUAUCAUCAGUCAUAGCAAAUUUAAAAGCUGUGACGGAUUACGGCAUGCAACAAUUAAAGACAAGUGCAAUCAAGCCGAGGAUCACCACAUGGGUGGACGCUUUCUCCACUUUGAAUCAUCAUUUUUCAGAAGAUGAUCUUGCGGCGUAUGAAGCAGGAGGAUCCUUCGUGGAGACUUUAAUCUUCAACUUGGAUUCACUGCUAGCAUCGUUUAAGGAAUCGCUGACAUCUGGAAAUUAUGAUACGCUUGUUGCAAUGGUCACGGCUGAAGUUACAUCCAGAUUGGAGACUGUUAUCCUGAAGUCUUCUUUUAACAGAUUGGGUGGUUUGAUAAUGGAUAAGGAAGUUAGGAGUUUGUCUGGGUAUCUGACCACGUCAACAUCGUGGUCUGUGCGCGAUAAAUUUGCCAGAUUAACCCAAAUUGCAACGGUUCUAAACUUUGAAAAAGUCUCCGAGAUUGCUGAUUAUUGGGGAAGUCAUGAAGGUGCUCUGACAUGGCGUUUAACACCUUCUGAAGUUCGCACCGUGAUGAGUUUGAGAGUCGACUUCAAAAUCGAGGACAUCAGGAAGUUGAAGCUGUAAAGCUAUUUUAAACUACUUUUGCAUUAAAUGAGAGUCUUUGUAAAUAUGCACUUAGGUAUGUAACAGAAUAUAUUUUAUAAUAUACAAUGUUGCAAAAA